AUGACGUUAUCUGGUGGUAAGGACAUAGUUGAUCAGAUAUUCGAUGCUGGGUAUUGGCUUGUUUCAAAAAGUGCUGUAUUAAGUGGUGAAAUCAAAAAUCAUGUUGAAAAAUCAAUUGAAUCAAUUACUGAAAAGAUUUCCAACACAAAGGCUCCUCCACUACAGGAACGCAAAUAUAACAAGACCAAGGUCUAUAAAGCAUUGAGGAUCGGGUUUCAGGAUCACUGGAAGUUAGGCUUGGGAAUUUCCGCCACAUCUCUCUGCCUAUACCUCGGCUAUCGGACGUUCUUUAAACUUCCACCUAAUUUACCUAAAGCAGAGUCCCAAGUCGUACUGAUAUUUGGUGACAUGAACGAUCCUAUUAUAAGGAAUCAAGUGAUGGAUUUAUAUCGCAGACGAUUUACGGUAUACAUUUGUACUGAAAAUGCGGACGUUUAUAAGAAACACGAAGAAGAUCAGGAUUUUGUAUAUUACAUUGAUCCUGGUUGUGAAAAGGACUUUGAGACUUUUUUUCUUGAUGUACCAAGAUUGGCAUCAAUAUUGUUCAUGCCAAGGUUGUCAUACCAUCCAUCUGGAGUAAUUUCGUGUGACUCAUUGGAAUCUGAAAUCCAUUCAAGUAUUUUUGUGUACUAUCAAGCAUUAUUAACCGUCAUACCUCAUUUGAAGAGAAGUACCCAGCUAAUCUUAUUCAAUCCUUCUUUGACUUCGGAGCUAAAUCUAGUUCAUCAUAGUACUGAAAUUAUAACAUCAGGGAUAAUCAACUCACUAUUUAAAAUUUUCAAGAAAUAUCGGAAAUUAAAUGUGUCCAUGCUCAAGCUUGGCGUUCUGCAAAUUGGAUCGCAGCCAUCAAAUUACAAGUUUCUAACAAUGCCCGGCUCAGAUAUUCACGAGGCCUUACAUUACCCAGUUUAUAAAAUGAUAAUGAGUGCGAAUGGGUAUAGACUACGGCAACUGUUAAUGUGGUUAACGACUUUAGGUGGCUGGAAUAGUGUUUAUUAUUGCGGUCGUUUCAGUUAUUUAGUCUCAUGGCCACUCGCAUCACUUAUCUUGAACCAUCAUACAUGUUUGUCUUUCAAGCGUUUCAAAAGAAGUCUGGCUAGAACCUAUAAUGGUAUUAUCUCGCUUCUUCCCAAGUCAUCUUCCAAGUCAUUCAAAUAA